AUGGCGGUGCCAUCAGACACGCCCACGAGGCGCAAUCAACGCGGCCCCGGCCGCCCUCCACGCGUCGACCCCAGUGCCACACCCACCGCCCCUGCUUCUGCGGCCCCCAAGCGACCCAAGUACAUUCCUGGUGGGCCUGGCGGUGGUGGCCGCUACAUCGACCCAGAAACCGGCGCCGAAAUACCCAAGGAAAUUGCGAUUCCGCUGCUCAAGGCAGCCGGCCGCAGGCACAGCGCGCCCCGGCCGCGUCCGUCGCGUACACCAGCUACAACCCGCAAAUACUCUCCCGAUGCCGCAUCUCCCUCCCGACCCUACACGCGCCCCCGGCGCGAUCGCCCAGCUGCCGGUCCCCGAGCCAGUUCUGCCUCCGCUGCUGCCGCUGCCGUGGCUCAGAAUGAUGGAUACAAGCCAAGAGAGGAGCGAGGCUGGGAGGAGUUCCACCAGGACCUGGAUAUUGAUAUGGACUUUAUGGUCUUCAGUGCGGAAGAGAUAGACGGCGUCAGCCCGCCCAUCACGAAGCCGACGACACCCAUCCUGGGUUUGAGCCAAUCCUUCUCGGCCCAAGACGAUGCUUCCACUCCGGCUGAAAUUCCCAAUCUCAAGGAACAGAACUCGUUCGCUGAACAGGACGAAGACACCGUCCAUGUUGGUGGCGCCAGCGAACAGUCUUUGUCCCCAGCGGUGAUCAAGCGGCGGCCUGGCAGGCCUCCACGGCGUCCUGGAUCCAUGCUUACCGGCUUGGGCUCGCCUCCAGCACCAAGGAUCGAACCGCUACCGACAAAAGACAAACGCGAAAAACUGAGCCUUCCAAAGCCGUCUUAUCGGACGAUCGACACAUUUUCGCACUACGAACAGGACCCUUCGGCGCAGGUCAACUACGUCGAUCGCACCAUGGCGAGCGUAGGAUAUCAGGAGAGUGACAUGUUCAUGCGGCCUGAAAAGCGAUUGAUACGCAUCGUCGACGGGAACCUUGAUGAAGACCUGGACCUCGCGUUGAGCCUUGAAAUGGAAGCACAUGCUCACCCCGUCGGACGAGUCGAGUAUGACAUGGACGAACAAGACGAUCGGUGGCUGGAGGCCUAUAAUGCGCAGAGGAAAGAGGAACAAGUCGAAGCGAUCAAGCCCGCGAUUUUCGAGAUAACCAUGACGCAGAUCGAAAAGGAAUGGCAUGGGCUUGAGAAAAGAAUCCCCAAGCCAAACCCGAAGCCUCCCCAAACCCAUCGACCACGUUCGAGCUCGGCAGCUGCGGUUAACGGAGAACCAGUAGGAAAUGGUGAAGAACAAGACACAAAAUGCGCCGUCUGUGACGAUGGCGAUUGCGAGAACACCAACGCCAUCGUCUUCUGUGACGGCUGUGAUCUCGCCGUGCACCAGGAGUGUUACGGGGUUCCUUUUAUACCUGAAGGCCAGUGGUUGUGCCGCAAGUGCCAGUUGAUUGGCCGAGGAACAGCCACCUGCAUAUUCUGUCCCAAUGUCGAUGGAGCUUUCAAACAGACUGCCAAUCCUCAACGAUGGUCACACCUGCUUUGUGCCAUUUGGAUCCCAGAGGUUUCACUUGGCAACACCACCUUUAUGGAGCCGGUCAUGGAGAUUGAGAAGGUUCCCAAGCAAAGAUGGAGAUUACAAUGCUACAUCUGCGACCAGAAAAUGGGCGCAUGCAUCCAAUGUGGCAACAAGAAUUGCUAUUCUGCCUUCCAUGUCACCUGUGCGCGACGUGCCAAAUUGUUCCUUCGAAUGAAGUCUGCCCACAGCGGACCCGCCAACGUCGACGCUAGCGUGCUCAAAGCUUUCUGUCACAAGCAUGUUCCGACCGAAUGGCGCCGAGAGAAUGAUGUGGACAUGGCUACACGUGAGGCCAUGGCGUACUACCGCCAAACGAUGCGAGGUCGACGGUGGGCAGAAAGUCAAGCCGCGGCAGCCCGCAACUCGUCCAGUACGAUGAGCAUGGACGACGAUGUGGAUGACUCGACCCAGGUGCCCGGCAGCAACAGGCGAAAGCGCAGUCAAUCUACCAAAGGUGUGUGGAGGCUGCCAUCCGGUGCACCGGUAGUGCCUCAUCUCGUCUAUGAGAAGGUUGAAGCGUCACUUGUGCGCUUCAAUGUUCGCAAGCGUAAAGAGUAUGUGGCUGAGGCGUGCAAAUACUGGACACUCAAGAGGGAAGCCCGCCGUGGAGCGGCUUUGCUCAAGCGCCUUCAACUUCAGAUGGAGACAUUUUCAUCGAUGGAAAUCACACGGCGCAACUUCGCGGGAAUGGGCGCAGCAGGACGUCCAAGACUUCACCGACGGAUCGAAUUUGCGGAAUUACUCGAGAAGGACAUGGAGAAGGUCAAAGACUUGUGUCACUCCAUCAAAGAAAGGGAAGAAAAGAAACUGGACGAUGUCGACAUUUUGAAAAACAUCAUCGACACAGUCUAUUUUCCUAUUUACCCUCUUCUAUGGCCGAUACUAGAGAAAGCCCAAAGUCUGGAUUCUAAAGGUGUUUUCAAAGAUGGCUUGGAAACGAUCGAAAAGAAGCUUGAAGAGCGUUUCUACACAUCUGUGUCGACCUUCUCAGGCGACAUUGGCGCAGUCUUCCGAUCGGUCCUCGGCCUCGACGAGACCACAGAUGCCCACGAUGCCCACGAACAUCUCAACGAAGGCAGUGGCGUCCAUAGCGAUUUGACACCGGAACAAAAGGACAAGAAAAAGCUGGCAAAGCGUAUCAUCAGGGGAAUACAUCCGGCCCUUGAGGAUGCCACCGUCAAGGAGGCGCAGAUUGCUGGUAAGCAGUAUGACCAGGAGCUGCGGGAGCUCAACGCCCUGUUGAGCAAUGGCGGACGUUCCAGACCCACGUCAGCUCAAACUUCCCAUGAUGCUGGCAACAAGGGUAAUGACAAAGGGGCAGAACGACCGCACAUCUCCCAAGACGUGGAAACGUCCGAAGCCGUGGAGUACCUCACGAACGGCAAUGUGGGGAGGAACGCGCUUGCCGAUGGUGACGUCGAAAUGAAAGACCAGAACACUGGAAAGAAUGCUGGAGCGGAGACCGACGAGCCCGAUCAUGAGGCUGAUGAUGCGGCGAUAAGAUUGCAGUUGCAGCUGCCUGAGGAAACAGCCGAUGCACCAGCUGAGAACUCUGGGGGCGAGUCCACGAAUGUGCGCCAAGGCAGCAUCGGAACCGCUCCCGCUCUAUCCAACUCAGGCAGUACGCAUCCAUCUACGACCAACCCCGAUCCUCUCACGCCCCCACAGUCCGACGCAGACAUGCUUACGCUGUUGCACGGUGGGGUGCCGUGGUAUCUGCAGAGUUUUGAUCCCCAUGGCACAACCAUUCACGACGAGGUCUGGUCCGGCCGUGAAGUAGUGCGGGGAAUGAGCGAGGAACUCAGUGAAAUCGACGAUGCCGAGCUAGACGGCAUGUUAGGCGACGAGGAGAUGGUAGAUGCACCAGCCGAUUCCAUGGAUGCAGAGGGAAGCACGGUGCAGCGUGCACAGCGCGUAAAGGCACGGGUGCAGCAGCGGAGGAAUGCUUCGAGACGAGCUAACGGGACAACCCAAGGCUGA